GCAAGAGAAAGGUAAUAGAAAGUAAAGAAAAUGGUGUGCAUUUGGGGGUACCUGCUGAGCAGCCCUGUGCUUGGAGUAAUGCCUGCAGCAAGACAUUAAGCCUAUUGUGCUGAUCUUGCCAUGUGUGUCUGACUUGCUUCUGAGCUCAUGGUUAUCUGGAAGGUUUCCCUUUACACUGAUGAAGGGGAGACACCUUGGAGACCAAAUACAUACUAUUGUUACUUUAAUGAUGGAUUUACUAUUGAUCUUUCAUAAAUUUAUUUUUUAAAAAAUCUGUGUUUUCACUGAAAUGCAUACUCAUGGCAUACAACUCCAGCAGGGCUAUAAAAAUGCAUUAUGCUUUGCCCAAAUUGCUGAGGAACAUUGUCCUCUUUCUGGUAAAUCUGUAUUAGAUUUGCUAAAAGGUCAUAAAGAAAAGCAGGCACAUCCAGAAACAUCACUGAUGUAGUUAGUCUUCUUAUCUGCAAAAUGAAUGGCUGAUCUUUAUAUUAGAAACUAUAGUUCUGAACUUCCUAUAUUAGGGGAGAUAAUUCUGCAAUUCCAGAUCUAAUUCCUCAAUUUUUAACAUAUAUAGAGGAAUUUUGUAUAUGACAAUUCUUACCAAAAAGGAGGUAACUCUUUUGAAACUGUAUCCCAACAUGUACGUAAUUCUUUUUUAUUUAAAAGUAGUGUUAAAAAUAGAUUGCAUGGUUCUCUGUUUCAAGGAUAAUGCCUGAAAGCCAGUAUUUUAUCAUUACAGCAGGUUUUAUGAGAGUACUGAAGUACUAGACUUUGGGAUUUCAGAAAUACUUGAAACGAGAUGUUGUCAGUUCUCCCAGUAGGUGUCAACAGAAUGACAGAAUGUAGUUCUACAGAGGACACGGGGAAGCAUUUAUAUCUUCAUUCACCUAACAUAAGAAGAAGGUAUUAAAAUGUGUGGAAAAUGCAAAGACUUUCACACACCAAAGAGGUUUUUGUAUGAUCAUCAAAGAACUUCUUAGGAGUGCAGCGUUCUGUAAGAUGGCACAUUACUGUUCGAAAAUAAUCCAUGAUUCUGCCACUAUUGGUGAGUCACUUAGCUAACCAGUCUAGGGAGUGAUGUGCACCUGGUAGAGGAGAUAAAGAAGUUGACUGUCCUUCAUUUGCCUGUUGAUGUAUUUUGAUCUUUAGUCAGAACAGAACUGACUAACAGAUCACAGGACUUAAUGGUUCUCUCUGCCUAAGAUCUGGUGGACAGUACUUCUAAGAGCUAGAUUAUUCAAAAAUGCUAUUUUCAGAGACAUGUCUACUUUUAAAUAGAGGAAACGGGGGUUAGGUUUUGUAUGGCCACGUUAAGGGCUUUACAAAAUCCCUCUAAGAGGCUGAUUUUGAUAGUAUCAUAAACAAUUGGAAUGAAUAACUCACAACUCAUCUGCUCUGUUGCGUUGCUCUGGAGGGUACCUGUGGCACAGCACCCAGUCCAUGUGCACAAGAAGCCCUCUGCGAAUGUCCAGAGCAUCCCAGUUGUGUGCAGACUGCACAUCACCCCGAGGAGCAUGGGCUAUUCACAAGCCCUCUGGCAGUACCAGCAAAGCCACUCUAGCACUCGUGCCAAAUUCACUUAUUUGCACACCUUGGGACUCUGUGGAGAGCGUUUUUAUAAUCAGCCCUAUUUAGCUCUCAUCAUCAUCUACCAAUGUCGCACAGUAAAAGCUGAAGUGGGCAGGUCUUGACCGGGCUGCUGGGCUAUCAACCCUCCCCACGCAGGGCAUGUCUCAAGCCUGUUCCAUAUACACCACCUCUGAGGACAGAGAGGUGCCGCCUCAAGUUCACAAUCUGCCCACGUGGGUUGAAUGCCAGCAUCGAGCAAGAUGACUUUCUUCCCAAGAAUCCAGAUCCAGGCCAUAUCUACCUCAUGUCUCUAGAGAAGUAGAGCCUAGAGGCUAACUCUGGAGUCAACAAAACUUACCAGUGCUUGGGUGCACAGUCCCACGCUGUGCUUUCAGGUUACCCUCUAAAUCUAGGCUGAGGGGUUUCUGCCCAAGCACUCCACAAAGGUGGACAGACAGAGCAACAUAAGGAAACCUCAUGAAAACCAGUAUGCCCAAGCCUUCCUCAGCAUUUUUAUGUCUCUGUCUGGCCUUCACCCCAGACCAGCACAUAUUUCCAGCACUUGAGUUCAUAGACCAUCUCAAGAUAGUUCAGGCCAAGCACUGUCUUUGGUCUAAAGCAGAUUUGUAAAGGCCUUUUUUUUAGCUAUGCAUGUGUGAGAAAGGCAAAAAUAGUAACCUGGGUCAUCCCCAGGCUCUUCAAGCUCAGCUGAUUAUAGAGAGAAGGAGCACAGCUGUUGUACUCCCACCAGCGAGGGACACUGCUCAAGACUCCAUCACUCCCUGCUCCCUGAAGUUUCUGACAGGUUCAGUUUGGCAACCCAACACUGGUGAGUCUAUGGGUCCUGGGACUGUUGACUUUGAGUAGGGCGGAGAGAGGAAUGAUUAAUGCUGACUCCCAGUGGUGCUCUCACUGCCUGUUUCAGAAGAGAGGAGAGAGGCAAUGGAAGAGCUGAGAAAAUGCAGCAAUGGACUAAGUUGCAAAUAAUUCAGUAAUUCACAGACCUCUUCUUCUAGGUUUUGUAGCUGCUAGAUCUGACAUACUGACUCUAAGAGGAUUUGAGUGGUGGACUGCUCAAAGUAUUUGCUGUAAGACUUUUUCCUGAGGUGAUUCUCUGCACAGAGCUCCACAUCUGGUGGAGCCGUGAGCAUUAACAUUUCAGACUGUCCAGAGCACUGGAGCUUGGCUAGAACAUUACCAGUUCCACUGGAAGAAGAACACUAAAACAACCUAUUCCUUAGUUUCAAAGCAGUGAUCUGAUGGUUUUCUGGAGAAAUGUGGGACUCGGCUUAAACAAAGCAGCAGAUAGAAAUUACCAUGGGAAUUCUUCCUCUGUAAAAAAUAUUUGUGGCUCCAGAAAACUGUAGCUUUUCCCAGCCAAAAUCAAAGAGUAGUGAUUUGCAGAUUUAUGUAAAGAUCGGCAAAAUUAAGACUAUACCAAAGUAAAUGUGAGUUUAUAAAACACAGAAUGAACUACUUCACACUGUUAAAACGUAGGUUAGUUAGAUACGAUACUUGGAUAGAUGCUGGUUGCCAACAGUAGCAGAACAAUCUAUUAAUCAUGUCAAAGUAGACUAACCUGAAUUUUAGGAAUUGUGUAUUUAAAUUUCUAUUGAUUAAACAUCAUAAUAAACACUAUGUUUAUAAAGUUGGGGGAUACAUAAUACUCAGAUCAAGCAAUUAAGUGUGCUUUCCUCUGCUACCUUAGAGUUGCAAACACAAGGAUUUCUCUGAGAGAAGCUGCUGCUUUCCAAUGCUGAGCUAGUGCAGAAGGAGCAAACAAUAAAGUGGUGGAGGCAACUGCCCUAAUUUGGUGUGAGAAUAUUUGUGUGAUGCCUCCAGCUAUGUCUUGCAAUAAGAAUCAAAUUUCUUUCAGUGUUUGGACAGACAAGUUAGAGUCUGCACUGAGUGCUAUCCCAUACUGCUGACAGCCCAGGUGACCGUAUGUGAAAAGAAAAGCAACAGAAGUAAAUUGAAACGUUAAUAGAAAGGCUGCUGGAGUAAGGAGGGGAAGAAGCCAGGCCAGAGUUUAAGAGCACAAUUCAGAAUGGUAAUUAUAUUUACUGUUCAGUUUUCUCUUUUUGUUUUCUAUCCUUCCCUUUUCCAUUCAUUUGCUCUCUUAUGCCUUCUCAGUCUUCUGUAUUGGAAUAUAGGAGUAAUUUUCAUCUAAAUACAUACAUACUGUGUGUACACAGUGGCAGAACAGGGAAGCGGGAUGGUGCGUGUCGUGUAGGUGAGAUGUGUGUAUGAUACUCAGGUGCUGGAAAGUAUAGCGUACGGCGUGUUACGUGGCCACACUCGGAUUUAACAAGCACGCCCAACCAGGCGGGACCGACUUUGAAAUCUGGGGUGUACCCGAGCCCUGCCUGGCUGGCUGAGUUUGCCUUGGCGGGGCGGGCAGCGCUGCAGCGGGCAGGACGGUGGGGCCGGCGACCUUUUCCCCGCGGCGCCGCGAGGCUGAAGCGCAGCAGCAGGUGCCGGGUGCCGGGCCCAGGCUGCCCCCCGCCCUGCAGCCCCGAGCCAGGCGCCCGCAAAGGCCGGCUGGUGCUCACCCGAAAGGGAGGGAAACACCGCUGGAGACACCAUGCGCGAGUGCAUCUCUAUUCAUGUUGGCCAGGCUGGAGUUCAGAUGGGAAACACAUGCUGGGAACUCUUUUGCUUGGAGCACGGCAUUCAGCCCGACGGCACCUUCAAGGAUCUACAUGCUAAACUCAACUCUGACGACUCUUUUACCACAUUUUUCAAUGAAACCAUCACUGGGAAGCAUGUGCCACGGGCUGUAAUGGUGGACUUGGAACCAACUGUAGUAGAUGAAGUGCGGGCUGGCACCUUCCGGGAACUUUUUCAUCCAGAACAGCUGAUCACUGGAAAGGAAGACGCAGCUAACAACUAUGCCCGUGGCCACUACACCAUUGGCAAAGAAAGCAUUGAUAUGGUGCUUGAUCGUGUCCGUAAGCUGACUGAUGCCUGUUCUGGGCUGCAAGGAUUCCUGAUCUUCCACAGCUUUGGUGGCGGUACCGGCUCUGGCUUUACCUCCUUACUGAUGGAACGCCUCUCCAUGGAUUACGGAAAGAAGUCCAAACUGGAGUUUGCCGUCUACCCAGCCCCUCAGGUCUCCACAGCUGUGGUGGAGCCCUACAAUGCCAUCCUGACCACGCAUACCACCCUGGAGCACUCGGACUGUGCCUUCAUGGUGGAUAAUGAGGCCAUCUACGACAUCUGCCGCAGGAACCUGGACAUUGAGCGCCCCACUUACACUAACCUCAACCGCCUCAUCAGCCAGAUCGUCUCCUCCAUCACCGCCUCACUGCGCUUCGACGGAGCCCUCAACGUGGAUCUGACGGAGUUCCAGACAAACCUGGUGCCCUACCCACGCAUCCACUUCCCCUUAGUGACCUACGCCCCCAUCAUCUCCUCUGACAGAGCGUAUCACGAGCAGCUCUCGGUGGCUGAAAUCACCAACUCCUGCUUUGAGCCCAACAACCAGAUGGUGAAGUGUGACCCAAGACAUGGGAAGUACAUGGCCUGCUGCAUGCUCUACCGUGGUGACGUAGUCCCCAAAGAUGUCAACGUAGCGAUUGCUGCCAUCAAGACCAAGAGAACUAUCCAGUUUGUCGACUGGUGUCCAACAGGCUUCAAGGUUGGUAUCAACUAUCAGCCUCCUACAGUAGUUCCUGGUGGAGACCUGGCCCAGGUUCAGCGAGCAGUGUGCAUGCUGAGCAACACCACGGCCAUUGCAGAGGCUUGGGCAAGGCUCGACCACAAGUUUGAUCUGAUGUAUGCCAAGAGAGCUUUUGUGCACUGGUAUGUGGGUGAAGGCAUGGAGGAGGGAGAAUUCGCAGAAGCCCGAGAAGACCUGGCUGCACUGGAGAAGGACUAUGAAGAAGUGGGAACUGACUCAUUUGAAGAAGAAAAUGAUGGGGAGUAAUUUUAAAAUACACUUUGUUCCUAUAGAGCACAGAUUUGUCUCUGUAUUACUGUUUUGCACGUCUACCAUUAGCUCACCUUUUUUGUACAUAAUAUAUAGAAAUUCAGGAGGGGUCACAUAGAGACAUCUUUUAUUCCAUAAAUCACAGGUAAAUUGUCCUAUAAGAUACGAUCAGUUGUAGUAAUGCCCCACCACUCUUAGCAAUGCAAAAAGACUUGCUUUUCUUUCUUGCAUAUUUAAGGUAAGGCUCUGAUACACCUCUUCAAGCUCUAAUACACAUGCUAAGACCAUUACAACACAAUAUAUGGAACCUUAUAAUGGAUCUCAGUGAAUCGGUAGUGUUUUCAAAGUUCUAAUUUGACAUACCUUCACCUUUUGUUUACUGGCAUGUCAAAAAAUAAUGACCACAGAAAAAUGGGUCCUCUGCUCUGUGCUUUAUUAUCCUCUCAUUGACUUUCAGCUGACUGACCUAAAAGGGACAUUUCACUCUUCUCUGAAACACCAUUUCUGAUAAAGCAAACUCUUCAGAAAUGUUAAAGCAGUGCAGUUUUUCAAUGUUUGGGGGAUUUGGUUGGGUGCCACUGCAGCAAGCAUAUGAAUUUU